UUAUCGCUCAAAAAAAGGAAGAAGAGCGAGAGAGAGAGAAGGGAAAGCAGUUGAGAGAGCAGCAGCCAUGGAGAUGAUGGAGGCGCGCGGCGACCUGCGAUCGAUCCCGGUGGUGCCGCGCGGCGGGGCGCUCUUCUGGCCGGCGGCAGCGCAGGAGCAGAUGAGGGCGCUGUCCCCCGGCCCCGACGUCAGCCGGGUCGCGUCCGGCGCGCUCCACGACCUCCGGCAGGCCCUCGCCCUCCCGGCGCUCCCCGCGCGCGCCGCCGAGGGAUUCGCGCUCACGAUCCUGCCUUAGCACCGCGCUCCCGACGCUCCCCUUCUUCGACGACCUCCUCUUGCGGGCCCACACGCGGGACUGGUUCGCCGAUGUGCUCCCCCGCCUCCUCCUCCGCCUCCCGAAGCUGCUCGAGGACCACUACGCCGGCGCCCGGGCCGCGCUCGGGCUCCGCCUCCUGGCCCCCCAGGACGCGGGCGUCGUGCUCUUGGGCUAGGAGCCCGCCGCCGUGCUCUUCUGCCUGUCCCCCACCGCCGGUCACCAAUUUCGACGCCUUGUUCGCGUAUGCCCCUUGGCUCAUUAAUUACACUGACUAACAAUGUGAUCUCCAGGGUAAAAGCAAUUAAAUGUUGUUACUGAUCUCCGGGUUUGAUCGGCAAGGCACCGACUAACAAUGUGAGGUGACGAUUUUGCGUCGUCUGACAGUGAUGCUUGGAUGAAAGGUAGCGCGCCCCUCUCUGCCCAUUCCGGGUACACAUACUUCAAGCUGUGCUCAUGGUUCGCCGACGUGCUCCCCUGCCUUGCCCGCCUCCCCAAGCUGCUCGAGGACCACUACGCCGGCGCCCGGGCCACGCUCGGGCUCCGCCUCCUGGGCUCCCAGGGCGCGGGCGUCGUGCUCUUCGGCCAGGAGCUCGCCGCCGUCCUCUUCUGCUUGUUCCCCGCCGCCAGCCGUGACAAGGCCCGCCUCCCGGCCAUCAAUUUCGACGCCUUGCUCUCGUAUGCCGCUUGGCUCAUUAUUUACACUUUGCAGGAGUAAAAGCGAUUAGCUGUUCUUACUUAUCUCCAGGGCACUUACCAACAAUGUGAGGUGCCGGUUUUGUGUCGUCUGAUAGUGAUGCUUGGAUGAAAGCUAGCGCGCCCUUCUCUGCCCAUUCCGGGCAUGCUUUGGGUCCAUACUCAUACCAGUUGCAUGAGCUAUCAUAAAUUAGGUAAAAAUGCACUUCAAGAUUAGGUACACAUACUUCAAGCUGUGCUCAUGGUUCGCGGACGUGCUCCCCUGCCUCGCCCGCCUCCUCCUCCGCCUCCCCACGCUGCUCGAGGACCACUACGCCGGUGUCCGGGCCGCGCUCGGGCUCCGCCUCCUCGGCUCCCAGGGCGCGGGCAUUGUGCUCUUCGGCCAGGAAGCUGACCCCCCGUGCUCUUCUGCCUGUUCCCCACCGCGACGUGGCGAAGCCCGCUUCCCGGCCAUCAAUUUUGACACCUUGUUCGUGGUUUUAUCGGCAGGGCACUGACCAACAAUGUGAGGUGCCGGUUUUUGUGUCGUCUGACAGUGAUGCUUGGAUGAAAGCUAGCGUGCCCCUCUCUGCCCAUUCCGGGGUACCAAAAAGGGUGUGCCAUUGCCCACAAAAAUGGCGAGAAUACGUGAAAACAAGGAUUGUUCCGAGACGCAAAACGGUGUACUAUAACCGACGAAAACGGUAAAAAACACAAAAAUGGGGAGUUUUCAGGACAUCCUAGUAACUCUGUACCCGGAUCCACUGGAUAUGCCUAACACUGUAGUAACCAUUUACUAGGAUCUGUCGGACCUUGAAUGUCUUGAGAUCUCAAAACGGUGUGCCUUCAUAGUUAUACCUCCUGAAAAGGAUGAAACAAUGGCAUUUGUACUGGUAGGAGGAUCUUAGGACCAAAGCUGAUCAGACUAGAGAAGAAAAGCUUAAAUUCUUGUCAUUUGGACAAGACACGUUACAAAGUAGAAGCAAAUGGGCAUCUUGGUACCCAACGCAGUAUUUUUCAACUUUCUCCAUAUUUGCAGCGGAUGUCGCUUGUAUUAUUCCACGUAUUAGCAAGUUCACAUUUAUUCACAAAAAAAGCAAGUUAACAUCACAGUUAUGAAAUAGACUGUUUUGACCUGACUCUCACUCUUGAAGCCGGGUCAAUUCCUUUGAGUGUUAAGUACAAAAAUAUCAAUACAAAGCACAUCAGCUUAGCUGUACAUGGAUAAGGGAGACCCCACCCUGAUUGAGAGUUAUAAGCCUGGUACAUUGUCUUUAUUCAUCUGUCCAAGAUGUGUCAUUCUCCUUGAGGACUUUUCAUCAAGCUUGGCGGCCGCAAAAGUCGAACUUGGUCUACUUGCAUUGAAAAGCUCUUGUCUGUUGACAUGGGUGACACUGAAGCACUCUGUAUGCACUCACCUAGAAAUUUAUGGUAUACAAGUAGUACUUGUGCUGCCAUAGCUGAAACCAUCUCUGCAACCAUGGCUCCUACUCUUUCACUUCUGCUUGCCACCACUUCCAUAGCUCUGCUCUUAUUUUCAAGAGCUGUGGCACAUGACGCUCUGUCGUUGGGAUCCUCUCUAGCCGUCGAAGCCUUCCAAACCGACGUGCUGCAAUCACCGGAUGGCACCUUCUCCUGCGGCUUCUACAGCAUCUACACCAACGCCUUCACAUUUUCGAUAUGGUACUCCAAGGCGGCAGACAAAACCGUCGUGUGGAGUGCAAAUCGCGACCGCCCUGUCCAUGUCAAAAGGUCAGUCCUGACCUUGCAGAGAGAUGGCAAUAUGUUCCUGAUAGAUUAUGAUGGCACAAUUGUGUGGCAAGCUGGUGGCAACUUCACAAAUAUUCAGCAUGCUCAGCUGUUGAAUACUGGGAAUUUUAUCUUGAAGGCUACCAAUGGUAAGACAAUAUGGCAGAGUUUUGAUUCACCCACGGACACUAUACUGCCGACGCAACACUUCACUGCUUCUACAAAGUUAGUGCCUACAACCCGGUCACAUGAUUCUGGUAACUACAUAUUCCGUUUCAGCGAUCUUUCGGUACUGUCACUUAUAUAUGACAUUCCUGAAGUUUCGGAUAUAUACUGGCCAGACCCUGACCAGACUCUCUAUGAGGAUAAUAGAAACCAGUAUAACAAUACUAGACUGGGGAUUUUGGACAGUAAUGGGAGUUUUGGGUCGAGUGAUUUUGCUGAUGGCCAGCCACUGGUGGCCUGUGAUGCAGGACCAGGGAUUAAGAGAAGGCUAACUCUAGAUCCUGAUGGUAAUCUCCGGUUAUAUAGCUUGAAUGACUUAGAUGGGUCAUGGUCAGUUUCAAUGGCAGCAAUGUCUCAACCUUGCAACGUCCACGGCUUAUGCGGUCCUAAUGGAAUCUGUCACUACUCACCUAAACCUACAUGUUCGUGUGCACCAGGCUAUGUGAUGAGCAACCCGGGUAAUUGGACUGAAGGCUGCAGCGCUAUUGUCAACAUAACAUGUGAUCAUCAGGAACCUAUGAAGUUUGUGAAACUCAAGCAUACAGAUUUUUGGGGCUCUGAUCAGAAACAUUUGCUCUCGGUUUCCUUUUAUUAUUGUAGGAAUAUCUGCAUGAAUGACUGCACCUGCAAAGGCUUUCAGUACCAGGAAGAUACAUCCUCAUGCUAUCCAAAAGCUAGUCUUUUCAGUGGACGGACCUACCCAACAAAUGAUGCGCGGACAAUAUAUCUCAAGCUUCCUGCCAGGGUAAAUGUUUCGAACACAAUUUUCCCUCGCUCCGAUGUGUUUGAUCCUGCACCACCUCAUCUUAACUGCAAUCAAAUGAGCAUACCACCAAUUCUAGAAGCGCAUAACACCGAUGUGGAAGAACCAAAGUGGCUCUACUUCUACGGUUUCAUAGUUGCAUUUUUUGUCGUUGAGGUUUCCUUCAUAGCAUUCACAUGGUUCUUUGUUUUGAGAAGAGAGCUUAGGCCAUCAGAAGUAUGGGCGACCGAGGAAGGAUACAAGGUGAUGACCAGUCAUUUCAGAAGAUACAGUUACAGAGAACUUGUGAAGGCAACAAUGAAUUUCAAAGUUGAGCUGGGAAGGGGAAGCUCGGGCGUGGUGUACAAAGGUGUCUUAGAAGAUGAAAGACCAGUUGCUCUGAAGAAGCUGAAGCAUGUAAGUCGGGGCAAAGAAGAGUUCCAAGCUGAGCUGAGUGUGAUUGCUAGGAUUAACCACAUGAAUCUAGUGAGAAUAUGGGGGUUUUGUUCGGAAGGAUCUCACCGGCUGUUGGUUUGUGAAUAUGUCCAGAAUGGCUCACUGGCUAGCAUUUUGUUCAGUGACAACAUCUUGUUGGACUGGAAGCAACGGUUCAAUAUUGCAUUAGGUGUUGCGAAAGGGUUAGCCUACCUUCAUCAUGAGUGCCUAGAAUGGGUCAUUCACUGUGAUGUGAAACCCGAGAAUAUACUCUUGGACCAAAACUUUGAGCCUAAGAUCACCGACUUUGGGCUGGCAAAGUUACUAAACCGAGGUGUGUCCAACCAGAACACAUCUCAUGUCCGAGGAACCACAGGCUACAUUGCUCCUGAGUGGAUCUCCCGCCGCCCUAUCACGUCGAAAGUCGACGUGUAUAGCUACGGGGUCAUGCUUCUUGAGCUUUUAUCUGGAAGCAGAGUAUCGGAGUUGACCGUCGGUUCAGAUGCAGAGGUGCACAUGGUGCUCAGGAAGCUUGUGACAAUGCUUGCAGAUAAACUGGAAGGAAGUGAUGAAUCUUGGAUCGAUGAAUUUGUGGACUGCAAAUUGGGUGGGCAAUUCAGCUAUGUGCAGGCUAGAACAUUAAUAAAAUUGGUCGUUUCUUGUUUGGAGGAAGAUACAAGAAAGAGGUCGACCAUGGAAUCUGUUGUUCAGACUCUCCUAACAUUACAUGAAGAUGAUAAGUCGUAGUAGUAAAUUUUUUUUGCGUAAAAGUAGUACUAGUAAUUUGAUUUUGUUAGUAUGUUUUAAAUAAAGUGAUGAUAUUUUAUUGUAAGGUCAAGGAUGUAUGUGUGCAACAAUGUGGAACAACUAUGAUAUUUUUUCUAAUCGUAGUCAUUGAUUAAAAAGA